AUGGCUUAUUUACUAAACCCCUUCACUCUGGACUAUAUCGCUAACAUUGCAAUAGGCUCCGGAGCUCGUCAAGCGGAUGUGGACCAUGCCUGGAAUAAUAUCCUCAGGGGAUACUUCAGACCACUAGCCUACUCUGUCGAAAGGGAAUCAUACCUCGCCCCGGAUCGGCAAUUCUGCGCGAAUGUUGCUGUCAUCAAUCGUAGGAACGGUUUGCAUCACAAGGCCAUUGUGGUCGAGGCCAAACGUCCCACAGACAUAACCCCAACCGAGCAUGACUGGGAUGUCGUUCGCAGACAGCUUCAGCGCAAUAUGUUACUGGCGAGGAUUUCGGACGGUAAUAUACAGACAAUGUACGGAAUUGCCGCCAUCGGUCCUUUGGUUCGCAUGUAUGUCUACGUAGCUUCUGCGGGGAUUGCACUCUCUGGUGCUGGGAAGUUUGAACAUCGCCUCAAACUGCCUACGGACCCAAAUGCCCGGUGGGACACCAUGGGCAAUGCCUUCUUUCUGCUGACCAAAGCGAAAUGCUUUCCCUGGGACAUGUUUCUAUUCCAUGAAGUAUGCUGGCAACGACUUCAGAAACACUUCGGGCCAGGAGAGAUCGAGCUCCAUAGGCUCUAUAAGGCACUGAGGAGAUUACCAGAUCCAUCAGGAAGUUUCUUUGAGAAUGUAGACUUCCAAGGCUGA